CGCGUUAGGAGUUAACGUUGCAAGCCGCGGUCACACUGGUGCGCAUUGUUUUCCGUCGCGUGUGAAAACUGCCGAGUGUAUAGAAACUGCAAAUUAAGAGAAAACUUCUGCAAUUCUGAAAUUGUUGAAAGAUCGUACUUGUACUGUGAUGACAAGAUGAAGUUCCGCGCACUGAUGCAAGAUCCGCUGUACAUGAAAGAGUUCCAGGCUAUUGUGGCCACUCUGACCAAGCUGGCGAAAGAUUGCGUGAUGAUUCUGGGCUCUCGGCAGAUGCAUUUCAUCGUAAACGAGGAUCAGAGCUCCUCUGCAUCGCCCUUGGUUUGGGCGGGAAUAGCAGCCGAGGAGUAUUUUCCGGAGUAUCGCAUGGAGGCUGCUCACCCGGAACAGGAGUACAUAGUUCUGGGCGUGUCUUCGGCGAACCUCGGAAGAGCUUUAUCUGUGCUUCGCGGUGGAGGCGUUAACAGCUGCAAAUUAAAGCUGCAAAGGAUUCAAUUUCCGUGCAUUUCGGUAAUUGCCUCGGUGCUUACGUCGUCUUCAACAGAAGCUCGUGAAGUGGUGCACGAUGUUCCAGUGACCAUAAUCCCGUGCAGCGAUUGGUCUGCCUACGUUGUACCAAGAGUUCCACCCUCGCAGUUGGCUUUAGGCCUACCAAGCCUAAGAUUGCUCAAAAGUCUCAUUGACAAGCUAAAGAAUAUAUCACCCAGCCUUGAGUUCCAGGCCAACUUGGACGGAGAGCUCAAUGUCAUAGCCACCUCUGAAAUGUCCACUGUGACUAGCCGAUUUCAGAAAUUACUAAUUCGAACUGUGGCUGGAUCCCAGCGGGAAGCGUCCUGCUCUGUGGAUUCAAGAAAAGCCUCGGCCUUCUUCGGAGCACUGCAACUCCCUAAUGAGGAACUCAGUAUUGGGAUUGACCGUGAGCACUCCAUUCAUUUGCAAAUCGACGUUCGACAGGAUGUUGUUCUGCACUCUAUUCUGCCAGCUGUUUGUAUGUAGAUUAAGUGCUGGUUUGGUUAGCUAACUUGUAAUAAAUGCGAUUGAUGUAUCGCCGUGUAAUAAAAGUUCAUCAAUACAAAAUUCUUUCCCAGAAGAAAUCGUCGAUGCUAAUUGAAAUUAUCUUUUUUCCGCUCUUAUGUUCAUGUGUUUAUAUGGCGUUAUCGCUUAACUAAAUAUCUGCUUUACAACUAAUGCAGCAUUUUCCUUUUUGGUAAACCUAGCAUGAUUUCACGCGUUCUACGAUAUUGUGCGGGUCAUAUGUACAUGUAUGUACAUACAUAUAUGUUUGUGUUUGUAUCUUUUUAUUGUUAGGAGACGGCAUUCAAAAUGUACAAGGACAUUCUACCUUACCUUUAUUAUUAUUAGGCAUAUUAUUAUAUGCCUAAACUUUUAAAAUUGGAUCUUUUUUUUUUUUAAUAAUGGAGAAUAUUACCGGCGCUAAAUACAUACAUUUAAUUUAAAAUUUAAAUCGUUGGGAUAGAACCAUUUCGGCAAUUAAUGCAUUGCUUGAA